AUUAUAUAAUAGAGCAAGCGUUUCACUUCCCCAACUUCUUCUUCAAUUAAUAAACAGAGAGAGAGAGAGAGAGAGAGAGAGGCUGAGAGGGAAAGAGUCUGUUUGUUUUUCGAGGCCUGGUUUUGGAUGAGCACAAUGUGGUGUACGUGGUUUUAGUCAUAAAAGGAAAGUGAAUAUCUUGUUCAUGCGUGGGUUCCAUGUUUAGAUUUUGGUUACUACUUUUGGGUUAAGUGGCAAACAAGGAAUGCCAACAAACAAGAUUGAGAGAGAGCUAGCUUAAAAGGGUAUUUCCCAUAAUUCAAGGUUUUGGAUUUGAUUUCAUUCACCCUUCUUCUUCUUUUUAAUUAUCUAUUGUUGCCUUUUGAGAGAGUAUUUUCAAAUUUGAAAGAACCCAUAUCGAUAUCAAUGUCUUCAAAUCUGGAGCGUUUUCUUCAAUGUGUGACUCCCACUGUUUCUUCUCGACUCCUUCCUCAGAGCUGCUUUAAUGAUCUAAAUAGCCUCUGGCAACCACCUGGCAAAGAGAGAAUUGAAUAUUUCACAUUAGGAGAUCUCUGGGACUGCUAUGAUGAAUGGAGUGCAUAUGGUGCUGGCACCCCAGUACUGUUGAAUGGCGGUGAAAGUGUUAUGCAAUACUAUGUUCCUUAUCUAUCUGCCAUUCAGAUAUACACUAACAAAUCAGCUGGCACUUCCAGGACUCGUAAAGAGGAUAGUGAUGUGGCAGAAUUUGAAAGCGAUUCUUGGAGUGAUGAUAGCGGGAGUGAUAACCUAUCAAGGUCGCUAAGCAACAACUCUAGCAGGACUUGGGAUGCUAUUUCGGAGGAUUCAAGCUUCGACCAGGAGGGUUCAUGGCCAAUGAGGGAUAGGCUUGGCUGCCUUUACUUACAGUAUUUUGAGAUGGCUUCUCCUUACUGGAGGGUGCCACUCAUGGACAAGAUAACUGAAUUGGCUCAGAAUUAUACGGCACUAAUGACACUCAAGAGUGUGGAUCUUUCCCCAGCGAGUUGGAUGGCUGUUGCUUGGUAUCCUAUUUAUCACAUUCCAAAUCGGGAAAAUGUAAAGGACUUGUCGGCAUGUUUCCUCACAUACCAUACAUUGUCCUCAAGUUUCCAAGACAACGCAGUGGAGAAUACUAACACCAACAUUGGAAAUGGUACGUGCCAUCCUGAAUCCUUGAGAAUUGUAGAAGAGGAAUGCAAGGAAGAAAGCAAAGAUGGAAUUUCCCUUCCUCCCUUUGGGCUUGCUACUUACAAGUUGCAAGGAGAUGUUUGGAUAAAGCCACAUACAUCUGAUUAUGAAAGGAUGAUCCAUCUUUACAGUGCUUCAGAAUCCUGGUUGAAGCAGCUUGGCGUCCACCACCAUGACUUCAACUUCUUUACUUUCCACUCGACCAUGUAAAUUGGUUUUGUUUGGUUUUGAGGGCCGAAUCUUUCUAGGUCUCUUUGUUUUUGCUUGGUUUAUAUUAAGUGCUCUAGCAACCGCCCUUCGAAAUGUUCCCCCUGCUGCAGUACUGAAAAUAUUUGCAGACUGCAAGUAGUACCUUUUAAAGCAAGGAAAUGCCCUAGGAAGUUCUGUCAGUGAGGGGGGUUGUUGGACUGUGUUGUUUUCUAGUUAUGCUUAUGAGGGACUUAUAGAUCAGAGCAGAGUUGAGUUUUGAGGCAAGGUGCCUUUUUUUUUUCUUUCUUUUUUAAUCUGCUCUUUCUGUCAUUCUAUUUCUCUCUUUAGUGGAGGCGGAGAUAUGCAGAUAAAAUGUGUAUAACGUGGAUCAACUCAUUAAACUUUCUUUCAGCAUUGGGACAUGUGUUUCUUUUUGCAUGAUGUUAAAUGUAUAUAUCAACUGAUUUGGCCGAAGGAAGAAUAUAAUUAUGUCCAUCUCUUUGGCGGUAAAUUGAGGCAUCUGUUGAUCGCU